GCCCUGCGCGCUGCCCGGACCUGCGCCCGGCCAGCCCCCGCGCACCCGCCCCUGGCUGGGCAAACUUGUUGGACUUGUUUUUCCGGCGCUGGCUGCUCCCCAGGUGGCGCUGGCCGAGCUCGGCUUUGGGGGGCAGAGUAAAGGGGCUCGGGCCCAGCCUGCGCCGCUGGGAUUUUCAGCGCUCCUGCCCAGCGCAGCCCCACGGACUAACGGGGCGGGCUGAGGCGCCCAGGCCGGAGCCACGCAGCGCUAGGGCGGCUACCCCAGGCCGGAGGUACCCUCCUGCGCCAAAUAACCACUAACUCGCUCGUUUUUGCUCUGUCCCCGCCCCCACCCCCGGCUGAUUUGUUUUUCCCAUUGGAAGGCAUCGCUGUUUCCUCGGGCUGCCCCCGGAGAUAUGGCCAUGGUGGCUGGAGGCUGGGGAGACCCGAACGGAGACACCAACGGGGUGGACAAGGGUUACCCCAGGACCUCCGAAGAGGACUCGGUGUCGCCCCAAGGUGGGGUGAGCGACCAGGAGCACGGGGACGAGGACAAGCCGGGCAUCCAGGUGGACUGCACGGUGUGCGGGGACAAGUCCAGCGGGAAGCACUACGGGGUGUUCACCUGCGAGGGCUGCAAGAGCUUCUUCAAGCGGAGCAUCCGGAGGAACCUGAGUUACACCUGCAGGUCUAACCGAGACUGUCAGAUUGACCAGCACCACCGCAACCAGUGCCAGUACUGUCGCCUGAAGAAGUGCUUUCGUGUGGGAAUGAGGAAAGAAGCUGUCCAGAGAGGCAGGAUCCCCCCCACCCACUCCAGCACCAGCCCGAACGCCAUGCCCAGCGGGGAGUACUACAACGGGCAGCCGGUCUCGGAACUCAUUUCCCAGCUGCUCCGGGCAGAGCCCUACCCGACUGCCCGCUACGGCUCGCAGUAUGCCCAGCAGGGCAGCGUGAUGGGCAUCGACAACAUUUGCGAGCUGGCGGCCAGGCUGCUCUUCAGCACGGUGGAGUGGGCCCGGAACAUCCCUUUCUUCCCCGACCUGCCAGUCUCGGACCAGGUGGCCUUGCUGCGCCUGAGCUGGAGUGAGCUGUUCGUCCUCAACGCCGCGCAGUCGGCGCUGCCGCUGCACAUGGCCCCCCUGCUAGCCGCGGCCGGCUUCCACGCCUCCCCCAUGUCCGCAGACCGCGUGGUGUCCUUCAUGGACCAGAUCCGGAUAUUUCAGGAUCAGGUGGAAAAACUGAACAGGCUGCAAGUUGAUUCUGCCGAAUACAGCUGCCUGAAGGCCAUAGCCCUCUUCACGCCAGAUGCCUGCGGCCUCUCGGACCCUGCCCACGUGGAGAGCUUGCAAGAGAAAGCUCAGGUGGCCCUCACGGAGUAUGUCCGUGCCCAGUACCCGUCUCAGCCCCAGCGCUUUGGCAGGCUCCUGCUGCGGCUCCCGGCGCUCCGGGCAGUGCCAGCUUCACUCAUCUCUCAGCUCUUCUUUAUGAGACUGGUGGGGAAGACGCCCAUUGAAACACUAAUUAGGGACAUGCUGCUGUCUGGGAGCACAUUCAACUGGCCUUACGGGACGGGGCAAUAGGAGACAGCCGGAAUUCUCCCCUCGUGGGCCCAGCCCCAGCCCCAGCUCGGGAACUCCAGCCCGUUCCACCAGAAACCCUUCCUAGCUGGGUCUUCUGCUGAGUGGUUUCUGCGAGGCCAGAGGCUCUGGCCUGCGCGGUUCUUUUCCAGGCUGGAGUCGCAGACAGUGUGGUC